AUGAGCUCCAACGGGAACUACGGCUCCGUCACCAACUCGGUACCGGUCGUCAACGGCGACUCGCACGCCCAUGCCGAUGAGGAGCAGCCUCUGCUGGGCAGCGGCAGGAAGCCAACAAAGUCCCUCCGCAAGAAGUUGACCACCGACGUGCAGCGCGACUGGGCCGACCUCGUCCUCUUGGCGUGCUACAUCAUCACCGGCCUUCUCGACAGCUCUUCCAUCUCCAUCUGGGGCUCUUUCGUCUCAAUGCAAACAGGAAACACCGUCUACAUCGGCCUCGGCCUCGCCGCCCCCACCGAAUCCACCCGCUGGAUCAAGUCCGCCACCUCGCUCGGCUCCUUCUGCCUGGGCUCCUUCGUCUUCAGCCGCUUCCACCGCUUCUUCUCCCCGAAGCGCCGCUGGGUGCUCUGCGCGUCCUUCAUCCUGCAGACGCUGCUGUGCACCGCCGCGGCCGUCAUCCUGACCUUCGGCCCCGCGGCCGGCAAGGACGAGAUCGCGUGGAACGUGCUGGUCCCCAUCGCGCUCAUCGCCUUCCAGAGCUGCGGCCAGGCCGUCACGAGCCGCGCGCUCAAGUACAAUGCCCUCACCAGCGUCGUGCUGACGAGCAUCUACUGCGACCUGUUCUCCGACGCCGAGCUGUUCUCGGUCCGCAACGCGGAGCGGAACCGCAGGGUCGGCGCGCCUGUGCUGCUGCUCGUCGGGGCCAUUUGCGGAGGUUUGUUCGCGCAUAGUUCAUUUGGCAUCGCGGGCGCGCUAUGGACUGCGGCGGUGAUGAAGUUCUUUAUUGUCCUGUCUUGGUUCUUCUGGCCUAGCGACUCUGCCGAUGAAGAAUGA